CAAAACUCGGCAAGCACGAGGUCGCGCGUCAUCGAGUCGCCCACGCCCCCUCCGGCUUCUUCUUCUGGUUUUAUUCUUGGGGGGGGGGGGGGGUGCGUAGUUUGGCAGGUGACCCGGUCGCUGUGAAGAUGCCCGGAACCGGAGCGGUUCCGCUGGGGUUGCGGGUGCUCGCGCUGGCCGCCUUGCUCGCCUGCAGCGGCGUGAGGCGCGUGCGCGGCGGGGGGCUCAGCAACAUCGUCGUCAUCGUCACGGACGACCAAGACCAGAACCUGGGCGGCAUGACGCCGAUGAAGAAGACGAAAUCUCUGAUCGGAGACGCCGGCGCCACCUUCGUCAACUCGUUCACGGUGACGCCGCUGUGCUGCCCGAGCCGCUGCAGCAUCCUGACGGGUCGCUACCCCCACAACCACCUGGUGAGGAACAACUCGCUGGCCGGGAACUGCUCCAGCGCGGCGUGGCGCGGCGGAGCCGAGGCCGCCGCCUUCCCCGUUUUCCUCAGCAAGCGCCGCUACCAGACCUUCUUCGCCGGGAAGUACCUGAACCAGUACGGCUUGAAAGAGGCCGGCGGCGUCGGCCACGUUCCGCCGGGCUGGGACCAAUGGCACGCGCUGGUGGGCAACUCUCGCUACUACAACUACACGUUGUCCACCAACGGCGUUGAGGAGAAGCACGGCGACAACUACACGGACGACUACCUCACCGAUGUGAUCGCCGAGCGCGCUCUCCGCUUCCUGGACAACCGCAGCCCCCAGCGGCCGUUCUUCUUGAUGCUGGCGCCGCCCGCGCCGCACCGGCCCUGGACCGCCGCCCCGCAGUACCGGACUAGCUUCGGCGACGUCAAGGCGCCCCGAGACGGAAGCUUCGACAAGACGGCCAAGGACAAGCACUGGUUGCUGCGGCAGCCCGUCAACCCGAUGCCCGACAGCACGGUCGCCUUCCUGGACGACGCCUACCGCAGGAGGUGGCAGACGCUGCUGUCGGUGGACGACCUGGUGGAGAAGCUGGUGAGGAAGCUGGAGGAACUGAAGGAGCUCAACGACACGUACGUCUUCUUCACGUCCGACAACGGCUACCACACAGGUCAGUUCUCGCUGCCCAUCGACAAGCGCCAACUGUACGAGUUCGACAUCCGCACGCCGCUGCUGGUCCGCGGUCCCGGCGUCAACGCCAACGUCACGCUCAAGGCUCCCGUGCUGAACAUCGACCUGGCGCCGACCUUUCUGGACAUCGCCGGCGUCAACGCGUCGGCCUUGGACGCCGACGGCCUUUCCUUCCUGCCUCUGAUGGCGCCGUCCUUGCGCAACGGCUCUCGGCGUCCCGACUUCCUGGUGGAGCACACGGGCGAGGGGCUCUCCGGCGCCGACCCCACCUGUCCCAAACUGGGCCCCGGACUCUCGCACUGCUUCCCCGACUGCGUGUGCGAGGACUCGUUCAACAACACGUACGCUUGCGUCAGGACGCUGGACGGCCGCGUCGACAUGCAGUACUGCGAGUUCGCCGACAGCGAGUCCUUUGUGGAGGUGUACGACCUGAGCUCGGACCCCCACCAGCUGGAGAACAUCGUGAAGAAGGUGGACCCGGCCGUGCUGGAGAAAAUGAACCGGCGCCUCAUCAAGCUGCAGUCGUGCCAGGGCGCCGGAUGCCGCGCCCUCUCCACGUGAGGCUCCCGAUUGGCCGAUCGGGGGGGGGUCUGUCGUCGCUUUAAUCGCGGCCGGACCAAAGCUGCCGUUUUGAGUUUGUCAGGGACGUACUUCCUGUCUUUCCCCCGGCCAAAAGUCCGCCCCACUUUCUGAACGCGCUACGAACAAAAUCCUUCUUUUCUGUACUCCAAUCACUAAUUUUUUAAAAUUUUUUUUUUUUUUUUUGGGGGGGGGGGAAUUUGAAUUUUGUUAUUAAACUGAAACGACAGUGAGAACCCACACGUAAUCGGUGCAGACUCCAACAUUUUCUAUGAACCAAAACUCCGACCUCACUAAACGAAAUUCCUCCCGUCAUCCCAACCUCGCUACAAAUUUUCACGAGCCGUCUUCGUCCUGAGCCGCAAAUAUGUGAGUUUUUAAGACCAAAAUGGAGGACAGCAUCCCCAAAAAAUCAAACGAAACUAGCAACUGUUGACCGGCUACGUGCUAAGCUAAGCAACACUUUUAGGCCCCCCCCCCCCCCCCCCCCCCUUCAAAGCAGCUGAACCAAAGCCUCCAUUUUGUCUUUUUUUUUGGUUGGAUGCACAUUUUUUCCAUCUCUGACUUUGUGAUUAAGAAUCAAAAUUGAGUGAAAUCUAACCCUAAAUUGCUAACUGACUUGAAGUCAACAGCCACAGAUUUGAAAUGGAAUUUUGUCACCUUUUUUUUUCUGCCUUAGUCACUUUAAAAAAAAAAAAAAAAAUCACAUUUAAAAAAAAAACAAAGCAAUGCAAUGAUCCCACUUUGAAAAGUUUUUGCUGCUACUUGUCGCAGUUGUUUGCACUUUGAGAAUGUGAAUGUUUGCCUCGUGAUCGAUGAAAAUAAAUCAAAAGUAGCCUUCGUCA